GGAAAGGCAGAGUAUAGUGAGAGAUGGAUUUCACUACAUUCAUUUUAAAAUGAAGCAGCAGAAGACAUUAUGAUGUAUACUUGUUAUCAAAUGUGGGACAAACAUUUAUGAACACAACUAGUAUAGUACUACUGAAUAAAUCGACAAUGUAACACAAAAAACUGUUGUAUAAUAUGGCACAAGUAAGAAUAACAAGACAAGACUAUGACCGAGAAACUUUUGAUGAUAUUGACGACAACAGCAGCAAUACCUCACAGGAACAUAUAGUACAGAAUCUUGAUAUUCCUGAUGGCACCGACCAUGUCUUUGAUAGAAUUCAAACCACCAUAGAGAAUAAUUUAGAGAAGCGAAACUCUACUUUUUCUUUGAUAAGUUCUACAACAAGUGAUGAGGAAACAGUUCAAAUAUCGGAUCACUAUACCAGUGUACCAUUUGACAUUCAACCCAGGGCAACAUAUGAUCAUGGUAGAAAAAACACAGAUAUUAUGGGAGUUGCAUACAAUGGAAGAAUGAGACAGUUUGUUUUACUGGAUGCCAAAGGAAUAACAACAUGGAAGAGAGAUGCUGUUGAACACAGAGUUUCUAGGGCCUAUGUGUUUGCCAAAUAUGAAUAUCGGAUGUUUACUCAUAUUAUAUAUGUUAGAAAGUUUAAUUGUUAUUUUGUUCUUACCAAAGAAUUUUCUUUAAAGGUAUUAAAUCGUGAUUUUGAAGAAACUUGUUCUGUUAGUGCUGAUUUACGUUCUAUUUUAUUUAUGUUAUUUAAUCCACUGAAAGAUGAACUGAUUACUGGAGGAGUGGGAGGAACAAAGUUCUGGACAUUUCAUCAAGUAGCUGAGAAUAUAUUUAAAGAUUUGAAACCAAUGGCAAAUUACAGAUUAACUCUAAAGUAUGAGUUACCUGAUGUUGGUGGUAGUUGGGUAAAGAGAGUUGAAUUAGAUCAUCAUCUAGAACAUCUUUAUUGUUGUUCAGAUACUGAUCUUAAUGUUUAUAAUCUACAGGGUAAAAUGCUCUUCAAAUUUAAAAAAGCCCACAAGAUGACAAUUACUGGGUGCCGAUAUUCAAUGACAGCUAAAGUUCUUGUUACUUCUUCUGUUGACUGUGACGUAAAAGUAUGGAGCAUGACUGGAGGUUUAGUACAUACAUUUCGUGGUCAUUCUAGAGCUGUAUCUAAUCUAAUUUUACAUCCUGAUAACUCUUCUAUUGUUAUAACAUCAUCUCUGGAUGGAACCAUCAGAAUGUGGUCUUUAGAAACCAUGGAACAACUUUACAGUUUGGUAGCAUCAUCAGAAGGUAUCAUGUGGAUGAGUUUAACAGAUGAUAACUUGUUAUAUAUAUGUACAUGUAAACAUCUUACACUCUGGUCACUCAACUAUUUCUACGAGUUCUGGAGUAUGGCUAGAAGUAAAGUCACAGCUAUGUCGCUAGUAGGUUGUCCUAAAAAGACAACACGUAUAGUAACAAUAGCAGAAGACAACAGUGUUCGCUUCUUUGCUAGAAAAUCUCAGAAAAACCUUUCAACAGUGCUACCUCCACCAGACUUAUCUCCCUUAGAACAAAUUUCUAGUAUGUGCUAUAGUCGUGAAUUUAAUGUAGCUUUUCUACUGAUUGCUAGAGACGAACAAAAGACUAAUGAAAUCUGGGUUUAUACAACCAGGACUGAUCCAUCAUGUAGAAUGGCAGUAUGGGACGUGAGGGAGAUACAAAUACCAUAUUUAAUGAGACGACAUAAAACUGAUACAGAGGGUAUCCCAGCGCCUAGUGGAUUUAAUAUUAAAGAAGGACCUGUUUAUAGGGCUACAGAGAAUGGAACAGGAACAGAAAGUUUAACUGUGUGUUGCUGUGUUUGUAUUUUAAAUUCAACGGUUUUAAUGAUGACUGAUGAAGGUGAAGCUAGUCCAAUCAGACAAACUUAUCUACUUCUUGGAAUGGAGGAUGGACGAGUGUUCUUCAUGGAUCCAGUAGUAAAAGGAUUAAAAUACAUGGAAUUUAAGGCUUCUAAAGAUGCAAUUAUUGCCAUGUCACACGACAGCACACAUAAUUCGUUGGUUACUGUCAGUAACUUGAAAUAUCUGACACAAAUACAGAUGUGGACACUACCAACUUUAUUUUUACAACAUGAAGUAUAUUGUGCCCUAGAUAUAGUACAAUAUACUAGAAUAAAUGAAUCAUUUCUAACUGGUCAUGAAAAUGGAUGUGUAAAUUUACAUAUAUUAGAACCUGUUGUUGAUCAGGGUUAUAUCAAAACAAGAUCAUUAACAGCGAUUCCAGAGUUAGAAGAUGUUGUUGAUGUCUAUAAAAGACCAGAACAUUUAGAACCAAUCAUGUGUUUAGAUUCUUGUCAAGCUAUGAAGAUUUUUUGUUCAAGCAGUGUUGAUGGUGCUAUAAAGAUAUGGGAUGAACAGAGAUUACUAUUAACAGAGAUAAUGAUGGAUGGCUCACUCAGUUCUGUUUGUUUUUUAAAUAAUAAAGCUGAUCUAAUAAUGGGUUUUAAGAAUCACAUCUUUUACAUAGAUCACACUAAAGUUUGUCCACAUCUGAAGCCAUCUGGUGAUGAAGAGGAUGAAUUUGAUAAAGAAUCUGUGAUAUAUGAAGAUCCAGCUGUAUCAUAUGAAGGAAUUGUUGCUAAUCCUGAUCCUGUAGAUUUAGAACAUUAUUUGAUACCGUAUGAGAUUGAAUUUUCUAAAGAUUUUCUAGAGGGUAAACCACUCUGGGAUUCAAGUUCAGAAGAAGAGAAUGAGGAUUCAGAUCUGGAGUCACUAUACUCAAUGGCACCAACUGAAAUCUACUUCUCUCCACCUGGAACUCCUGGAGAACUACAAGACAUUGACCUUAUCAUGAGGUCAGAGGUGACAAGGAAUGAUCUAAAGAAGCAGAUGAGGUCAACUAUGGAACAUUUAUUACAUAGAGCUUAUCAGAUAAAGAAAGUUGACAUGAAAGGGAAGGAUGUUAAACUCGAACAACAGCAACAUUUAUUAAAAUUGAUUCGUUUUAGACUGGCCUUAGUGAGAAAUGUAAAGCGUAAGAAAAAGAAGAGAGAAGAUGGUACGAUAUCAAGUGAUGUUGAUACCGAUGGCGACGAGGAAUUAUCUCGAUGGAGAUUUAAUUUUCCUAAAUUUGGCCAAUCGCCAGGCCCCUCACCAACACUGUCCAUUCUUUCGACAGCCCUAUCUGGAGCGAGUGAUGAUGACUCAGAUGUGUCAUAUGAAGAAGUCAUUGGUACUGAUGGAAAGAAAAGAAUGAAGAAAAAAUCUAAAAAGAAAGGUUUUAAACCCAUAGAAAAAAUAGAUAUUGCUACAAGUGCAGUUGAUGUGAAAAAACCUAAGGCUCGUUACAAAGGGCAUUAUGUUGAGGGGGAGAGCAGUGGUAUUGGUGAUGUACGCUUGGAUGUUAAAACACUGAUGAAGAAAGCAGCCGAAGCGCAGAAGAAAGAAGCAGACCAUUCUCACAUACGAGGAGAAAUAGAUGAACAUGUAUCGAGUGUUGUAAGGAAGCAUAGAGAUAUACAGAAGAAGAAAGUUUAUAAAAGACGUAGACCAAAACAAGGCCAAAAGUUACCAAAUAAACCCAUUCCACAGACACCUGUACAAAUACAAGAUAUUAGAGAACAUAGUCCCGAGCCAGAGGAAGAAACUACAGAAGUAAAAACACAGGUUACAACCGAACAGGAUAUUAUAGACGAUGAUGACGACACAUAUCCCGAUACAAAACCACCACUGACAUAUCCCCAUGUUGACCCAAUUUCUAUUCCAGAUUUACCACAAGUUCCAGAAUUGCCAGAAAAGGAACCACUUGCCAGGAAGAUAUCCAAUCCAAAUAAAAAAACAAUGAUUGAAUUCUAUGACCUCCAAAAACCAGGAAUAGGCGUUUCCCCAACUACGGAAAUUGAUCAACAGGAUGAGAACAAUGAUUUAAGUAAGAAGAAAGUAAGCGUUACAAGCGAUGGUACCAGGAGUAUAUAUAGUGAAUAUAGUGAAGGGGAUGAUUUUAUACCACCUAUAAUGAUGGCAUCACCAGGUCCUUUCAGUGAGGGGGAUGAACAGGAGUUUAGACCAGGCGAUUUAAUUCAGAUAAACGAAUAUGACAUGGUCAAGUAUCCCAGGCCAGUAACAUCAUCGACAAGUGGAGUAUAUGAAUAUGAUGAUCCAGAAUCUAAUUCUAGACUACACUCAAUCAUGGCAAGUUCACCGUUUCAGUCAGAAUUUGAUUCUCAUGAUUCUGAAGAUGAUUUUGAGCAGACAGAUUUAGAAGACACACAUUCUGCAUUUACUGGAAGUCCUGACUCUGGAUGGGUUGAAAGUGAGUACACCUCUGCUUCUGCUGCCAUACACAAACGUGGAGAUGAAGAUGAUCAAGAAGGAUUGAAUGUAGAUAUUGAUGAUAAGGAUGAGGGAAUAUGGAAGAAAAGACGGCCUCUGUCAUCAUUUGUGGAAACAAGAAUACAUAAUGCUCGUUUUAAACAUAAAACCAGACCUGUAUCAGCUUCAGAAAUAAGACAACAUAGAGAGAAAGAGGAUCUGCAUGUGGCUUUUAAUGAAGCUUAUCAUCGAUAUCAGCGUUUAAGCAGUAAACCUGUUACACCAUACAAUCUACACAAGAAUGAUGAUAAAAGUUUUGAUGAUAAUUGGCAUGAAAGGGUCAUAGAAAGGCACAUGUUAUUACGAAUGCAAAAAGAACUACGAGCUCACCAUGCUGCCAUGAAACGUAAACAGAUGGAAGAAGAACAAAGAAAUAAAAAUAAAUAUAUACUUGGUUUAUUAGAUUAUGAUGAAGAUUGUUUAGAAUACCAAGAGCAUGCACCGCCAUCAGUGAAAUACCUCCCACAUCCACCUCGACGUCAUCACAAAACAGCCAGUAGUAUAAGAGAAACACCCAAUCCUCCUCAAUCUACACCAGCUAACAGUCGACCAGAUACAGCUUUACCAGUGAACCAGAAUCAAGCUAUUCCUCCUUACUCCUCAAAGCAUGAACACAGUCACUUUAAAGCUGAUAGGCAAAGACCGAAAACUGCCAAACUAUACCGCGAAAAGAGGGGGGACACUUCAAGCCGAAGUGGUUAUGAAACCGCCAGCCACUAUGGAUCACAAAUCAUAAAUGAAGCACAGAAUCAACAAAGACCAACACCCCACAAUCGCUUACCUCAACAUAAUUCAGAAAUGAAAUCAAGAUCCUGCUCAUCAUUCCAACACAUAGUUUCUGAGUCAGGAGAUAAAACACGUCCACAUACAGUAGUUCACAGUCAAGAUAAACAGCCAUCUUCACAAAGAGCUGCAAUUAGAUUAGAUGAAAGAACAGAGAAGAUUCUACAGGCUUUAUCUAGAUAUGAUAAUUCUCCAGAGAGUGGAGUCGGUGAUGAUAAUUUACCUGACGAUUGCACGACCACACCCUACAGGUUUAAUUUUGGUAAGACUUCCCAAGUACACAAAAAUAUGUCAAGUAGAAGUCGUGUUGGUUUUGAUACCAAACAGAUUGAUCCCCGAAAUCCUCAAGCAGUUCGACCAAAAUCCAGUAAAUCUAUUCCUAGUAAAUGCAGUCGUUACAUCCUGUUGUCAAAACCUAAAGAGAAGUUAUUAUACCCAUUACCAACACCUCUAGAAGAACACUUAUUAGCGGAAAGAUUUCCGAUGUUAGGUAACAGAGUGUAUGAACAUUAUGAUGGAUUGAUUAUACGACACCGAAAACCAACAUAUAACAUAGAUUAUAGCCCUUUCGCUAGGGAACUGUAUGGAUAAAAAAAUUUGCAUUUAAAUACCCACCACACAAUCAUAACGGCCACGAAAUGUUUUAACACCGAAUGCCAUGACUGAUGACGAUUAUUUUACAAAUGAAGGAUUAAGUAAAAAAAUUGUUUAAUUGAAUACAAUUAUUGUAGAUGUGGAAGAAACUCAGCCAAAGGCAAACGUGAUAAAAGAUAUUGAAUAUUAUAACUAUGAAAGAAAAAUUUAAUCUAUUAGAUACACACACAAAUAGGAAUUAUGAUUUUAAAUUUUCCUGCUAAUCUACAUCAUUGAACAAAUGUUUGCCAUUUGAUUAAAUAUCAAACCAACUUUUAACAGCAUUUUUUGGACAUAAAAGUACUUUUAACAAUUUUCAGGUCACACGUGCAUGUAAAAUAUAGAUGUACAUGUGACCUAAAAAUGUUUAAUAUAAAUGUAUAGAAACACUUUUUAAACUGUACAUUAAAGAUGCAUUAUGUAAAUGCUAAAUGAGCCUAUUGAAGGUUUUUAUUUUGGCUUCAAAUGUUAUAUAAACUAUUAUUAACAUAUUUAUUUAUUAACAUGACAAGCCCAUAAUUAACAAUCUAGAUCAUCGGAUGGCAGAGCUUUAAAUUGAUUAGAAUGCCUGCAAGAUUUAAAAAUUAAACGAUAAAGUGGAUAAUCGAGACUUAGUCUCAUUUGCCCAGUACCUUUGAUGCACUAAUAAACAAUCUAUGCGACAUCUUCCAACACUCAUAACUUCAAUCAGUAAUUUAUAUGGAUAUUCGUUUUUCAUUAUCUAUAAUUAUUAUAGCAAAAACGGACAGCUCUUUAUCUAAAUCUUACAUAAUGCAUCUUUAACUGUUAAAUCAAUAUCUAUUUUAUGAAAUAUAAUAUAAUUCUUUUUAUUGACAUUUACUGUGAUAUAAAAUUUGUUCUUUGUUGGGUUUUUUUUUUUGUUACCUGUUUUUAGUUACAGAACAGUAGGAGGUUAAACCCCAUUAUUGCAUUUCUUGUUUUUUUAGUAACUACUGGAAAUCGAAUAAUAUAUUGGUUUAUAAAUCUAUAUAAAUUAUGUUCAAACUGUAUUUGCCUACUGGCUCUGUUACAAUGCAUAUUUAUAUUAACAAAAAUGUACAGAAAAUCAUUUCAGAAUUUUAACAUGUAUUUUUGAUUUCUUUUCCUGUAAAAAAUAUAGUGCUUUUUAAUGUAACCUGUUUUUCCCCCUUAAGAUAUGUAAAUUGUAAGGAAUCCUUCCUUUUGUAGAUAUAUACUGUAUGAAUUAUUAUUUGACAUCGAUAUUAUGGGAACAUCUGUCUCACUACCCAAGACAAAAUUAUUUGUAUAUUAUUUAAGUUGUUGUUAGUAUUAUACAUGAAAUACUUCAAAAUUAGUCCUGAGUGAAAACCACACAUAACGAUUAUUAGAAAAUAAAAAAUUGAAUUAUU